AUGACUACUCUCAAGCCCGGCGACGCGUUCCCUAGUGACGUGAUCUUCAAGUACAUUCCAUUGUCCGAGGGGAGCGGGGACAUUGCCGCUUGCGGCAUCCCGGUCAACUACAAUGCUUCUAAAGAGUGGGCGAACAAGAAAGUUGUCCUUUUUUCUGUGCCUGGUGCUUUUACCCCGACCUGUUCCGUGAACCACAUGCCUGGAUACAUCAAGAACCUGCCAAAGCUCCGUGAGAAGGGUGUAGAUAUUGUGGCAGUAGUUGCAUUCAAUGACCCAUUUGUGAUGAACGCCUGGAGCAAGGCAAAUAGAGUGCAAGGCAAUGAGAUUCUAUUCCUCUCUGACCCAGAGGCCAAAUUCUCCCACAGUAUUGGCUGGGCUGAUAGUGCUUCUGGCCGCACUGGCCGGUAUGCGCUCGUUAUCGACCACGGCAAAGUUGGUUACGCCCAGAUCGAAACCGAGAGGGGUGCUGUCACGAAAUCUGGCGCUGGUGCCGUUCUUGCUUCCCUGUAA